AUCAAAGCUGUCAGUGUGUGUGUGUGCUGAGUGUGUGAUUAUAUAUAGAAGUUAUCAUCGGCUUCUCAUCAUAAUAGACAACGAUCUCGUUCUCUUUACGCCUCAAGCGCUGUGCUUAUUACCUAUCUCGGUGUGCAUAAUGUCCCUUUACGAAGAAGUUAAAGUGCAUGGAUAUGCUGAAUUCUGUAAAGCUGUAUCCGACAGAAAGGGAAGGGAUAUCUUUGCUUAUUUCUCAGGUGAUAAAGACGCUGAUGGAAAUAGUUGGUGUCCUGACUGUGUCAAAGCGGAGCCUAUUGUAAGAGGAGAGAUUUCACAUCUUCCAGAAGGUUCUGUAUUUAUUUACUGCCAGGUUGGACAGAGGGACUAUUGGAAGAAUCCAAAUAAUGACUUCAAGAAGACGUUGAAGCUCAGUGGGGUUCCCACUCUAUUGCGAUAUGGAACACCUCAGAAGUUGGUGGAGGAGGAGUGCUUCAAAGCUAACCUGGUCCGGAUGAUGUUCACUGAAGACUGACGGGUUGCUAAUGGUCUACUGCGGACUGGUCCUACACUUCAUUCACUCACAACCGUCCCACUGCACCAUCAUAGGAAUCGCCACCAUUUUUCCAAACGUGGAUAAACCCCACACGCCAUGAUUGCAAUGUAGUACGAAGGUUGAGUCUUUUAAGUCACUAGCAAAUGUAAUCAAAAGCCUUAAUGAUUUGAACCACUUUUUAUACUUUGAUAUUUGCAAUAAAAAAUGUGUUGAACAAAAUAGAACAGAUUAAUUUAUUAUUUUAGAAUGUGACAUUUCUAUGCGAGUUUUCAAAUUAAGGGUUCAUCUAUGUAUCCAUCAUGUCACUAUCAAUGCUUUCUUUUGAAUCAAUGUCGAAGUUGACAAUAAAAUGACAGGUGCAUGGUUCAUGUAUUGUGAUUUAUUU